GGAUGCCCUUCCACAGUGCGACAGAAAACAUGGCUGCGCUCUUGAGAUCAGCCCGCUUGCUAAAGAUUUCGCCUUCGGGCUUGCUUCAGAUCACUGGAACCAAGAGAAACGGGCCGCCACUCGGGCGGCUGUACAGCGGAUGUCUCGGUGGAAGAAGCACCGGAGUCUGUUCCCGACAGAUCAGCCCUGCUUCGGGACACGCGUCCAGUCGUGUGUGGCUGUAUGCAAUGGGGUGUGUGCGCAACUAUGCCGUGGCCACAGAGCAGGUGGAUGAGCCCAACAUGGUGCCGCAGUCCAAGCAGCGUUAUGAGUCGACCCUGUCCAUGCUGGACAAAUCAUUGAAGAGAACUGGUCGCGUCACCAAGACGAUGCUGCAAGGCAUCUUACAUGAUAUCCGCAGGGAAGGUCUUCCCAGUGGUAACACGGCCUUGUUAUUGCUGCGUUGCUGUGGACCUCUGCUGCCAGAGCUGCCCUAUGAGAAGCGCACUGAGCUGGCACAUCAUGUGUGGGAUGUUCUGCAGCAGUUGGGUACUAAGUAUGAUGUUAUUCACUACAACGCCUUGCUGAAGGUUUAUCUGCACAAUGAGUUCAAGUUCUCCCCCACCGACUUCCUGGCCAAGAUGGAAACCGCCAACGUCAAGCCCAACAGAAUUACCUACCAAAGACUGGUAGCAGCCUACUGUAAAAAUGGAGAUCUCGAGGGAGCCAGCACCAUAUUGGGUUUAAUGAAGAAUGAAGAUCUACCCAUCACUGAGGCUGUUUUCAACUCACUGGUGACGGGCCAUGCUCGUGCAGGGGACAUGGAGAGUUCCAAUAACAUGCUGACUGUGAUGAGUGAAGCAGGAAUUAAACCCAGUCCUGACACUUAUAUAGCCCUGCUUAAUGCCUACGCCGAGAAGGGCGACCUGGACAGUUUGAAAAAGACUAUGGAGGCAGCAGAGAGUGCAGACUGCUGUCUGAUGGACAGGGACAUCAUGCAGGUCAUCUUCACUCUGGCCAUGUCCGGACACGAGCAGCACACCCCAGAGAUCAUUAAGCGCUUGAGGCAUGAGAGGGGCUACAUCCCAGCUGCCAUAAACUUGUGUGUAAAUCUCAUCACUAACGGCAAGGAGGGCACGGCUUUUAACGUCCAGAAGACUUUAACCCUAGUGCACUCUGAAAGUCCACAAGACGGUUCCUUCACCAUUGGCAACUUCUUCCUCAAACACUGUGUCAACAUGGACAGGCCAGUGGAGAAGAUCGUCAGCUUUUGCAAAGAGCUCCAGGAGUCUAAGAUGCACACUGCACUGUCCAGGACUCUGUUCUUUGCUCUCCAGGCCAACAAGAAAGAUAUGUCUUUCGCGCUGAUGAAGAUGAUGAAGGAGCAGAACUUUCCCAUAAGGACCCACUACUUUUGGCCCCUCCUCGCGCAACAUAUAAAAGACCAGAACACUGCUGGUAUGGUUGAGGUGUUGAAAGGAAUGCAGGAGCUCGAGGUCUACCCUGACAUCAGGACUUUGAUCGCCUAUGUCCACCCUCUCUUCCCCAGCGCACAGGAAGCCCGACAGGCCCUCAAGGAUGCUGGACUAUCACUGCAGAGGGAGCUCUCCUUGGCUGCAGAGUUUCGCUUGACUGCUGACCCGGCCCAACUCUACACCAUAAUUUCAGAUCCCUCCUUUACCAGGCUGGACUUCCUUGUUAUCCGCAACAGCCUCAUUGUUGGCUUCAGAAAGUUUCACGAUAUCGAGAGCAUGGUGAAGAUCACUGAGCUCUUGUACAAAGAUGAGCGCUUCAUGACGCCUGAUUUACCAUUUCCAUGCACAGAAGCGUCAGUGUUGUUGUACAAGCUGAUCGCCGCAAUGCCAGCGCGGGACGUGCAGGCACGCCAAGACAAACUGCGAGAAUUCUUCAAUCAGCUACAGGCUAAGGGAGUAUGCAUUACAGAAAACCACUACAAAGGCAUGAAGAAUCUUCUUAUUUCCUAUGAAGUCCCAGAGCUCAGCAAGGAUGUGUUAGUUUUGACAGAACAAAGAGGAAACAAAAGUGGAACCCAAGGCCGAGCAGCCGCUGGAACUGAGGGAAAGGUGUUGACACUUGAGAAGAUAUUAGCCAGCCGGAUGGAAGAGAACCUAUCAGUUUCAAAAAUUCUCAAACAAACUAUCCAAACUCUCUGUGCAAGCGGGAACCUGCAGCGCGCUCUUGAGCUGAAGCAGCAGAACGAGAAGGAUAUGAUGGUCAGCACCUAUGCCAUCCUCAUCAGUGAGUGCACCCGCCAAAGCAAUGUGGAGGAGGCGCUCAACCUGAAGAGGGAAAUGAAUCGUUUGGACUCAUCAAAAACGCUGAAUUCCCAUUUAUUCAUCAACCUUGUCAAGAUGCUCGCAGAGAACGGCAAAGUGGAGGAGGCGGUGGACAUGCUGAAGGAGAUGAAAGAGAAGCAGGUGGCGCUGACUGCCAUAGACAUCAAAUUGCUCUUUUACAUGUUUACCGACUUGGCCGAAACCGACCUUGACAACGUCCGCCGCCUGCAGGAUACCAUCUUCACCCUCGGACUGGCCGAGCCAACCAACAAUCUCUGCUCACCCCUGGUUACCAGCUACCUCGACAGAGAGGACCUGUCCGGAGCUCUGGAUGCAGUAAAGGAGUGUCACAAGCUCUACAACGUACUGCCACGCGUCCAUGACAUCCUCGUUGGACUGGUGAAGAAAGGAGAUACGGAACUGCUGGCAGAAGCCAUGGACUUUCUGGGUCAGGAGCGAGGAGAGAUGAUCCUGUUGUAUCAGCUGUUCUUCGCAUUUCUGCAGGCAGGCCGCUUCUCCGAGGCUCGUAAGAUCAUUGAGACCCCUGGGCUGAGGGCACGGCCAAGAAGCCUGAAGUGGUUUGCAGAGAGAUGCAUUGCAUUGAACAUGAUGGAGACCUUGGAGCAAAUGUUGGAGAUGACAGCCAAGCUGUUUCAGUCCGACAGAGAUGAGAUGUACUUUUACGGCCUCUGUCUCUGCAAGGAGACAAAUGACUGGAAGAAGGCAGAGGAGAUGUGGAUGAAGAUGCAGGAGGAGAACGUCAAUCCCAGGCAAAGGACCCUGCGUUUGCUUGCAGAAAUCUUCAAGAAUAAUGGCCAAGAGCCGCCCUUUGAGGAGCCUGAGACCUGGUACAAAGAACCUGUGGUCAAGACAGCAGCACCUGAGGAUCUUACUGAUUACAAUGCCCACGUGCUUAAUCUCUCCAGAAAGGACAAAGUCAAAGAAGCUUUUCAAACGCUGAAAGAAGCCAAUAAACGCGAUGCAGAAAUAGAGCCCCGCACUUAUGAUCACCUGAUACGCAGCAUGUUUGCUCAAGGUUUACUGGAGGAUGCCAUGAAAGUCCAGGAAAUAGCUACGUCUCAAAUGCCGAACUUUAAGAUGAGUGAAGUGGCCAACAAUAUGCACAUCAUCACAUUCAGCAAGAAAGGACAAGUUGACGGUGCUAUGGAGAAAGUGAGGUCCAUGGUGCAGAAUGACAGCAGGCCCUCAGCGUUCGCCAUCAGCAGAUUACUUACUGCCCUGGCAGACCAAGCCAAUCUGGAGGGCAUCCAGGAACUGAAGUUGCUGGCAAAGGAGCACGAAUCCAGCAUGUUGUUCGUCAACAACACGGCCAUCGCACACAUCAAGAACGGUGACUUGGAUGCAGCAGUGGAGUUGCUUGAGGAAUGCUUCACUCAUCCAGACAGAAGGCCAAAAGACGGCAUUUCCCACGUCUUCAAAAAGGUCUUGGAAGAAGGCAAUGACAAAGCCUUAGACAAAUUGAGUGCUAUGGCAGAGCGGCUAGCCAACCACUUUGACUGCUCCAAACCAGCAACAGACCUGUUCCUCCAGCUGCUCGAUAAGGACAAAGUGGAGGAUGCCAAGUUCAUGCUGGCUCGCUGUAACGCUGUGGCUGAACAGACGGGGCCCCUGAUGUCCUUCAUGGCUAGAAAUGCUCAGACACCUGGACAGUUGGGAAAGAUCAAGAACCUGCUGAGCCUGAUUCCAGACUUCACAGAGAAGGAGGUGGUAUAUGCAUACCUGAUGAAAUGUCAUGAUGUAAAUAAGGACCUAGAAUCAGCGAAGGCUCUGUAUGAGCAGAUGCAGGAGGAGGGGGUAGUCGCACAAGAGCUGACACUCAAACGGCUGGCUGUGCUUUACCGCAAUGCAGGACAGACAGUGCCCUUCACUGAGCCCCCUAAUUCCUUUUCUUUUUAUGUAGAACAGAUGAAAGAGAAAGCCAAAGCACAGGAAACACAUGAGGCAUAAAGAUUCAUCCUCCUUUCCUCUCCUCCAUCCAGAUGUUUUCCUUCUUUGUCCCUUUCUUUUUUCUAUAAGUUGUCCAAACUGAAGUGUUGAGUAUUGUGUGAUUCUGUUUGCUGCGCUAUUGAUAUUAAUAAUAUUAAAGAUGAUGAUGAGAAUGUAAAGGAUUAUUCAUGCUAAUAAAUGUCACAUUCUGACUCUGA